CUGGUAACACUGGCCCUACUGCAAGACGAAGCGAACAACAAUAACAAAUAAACAAUUAGUGCGACAAAAUCAAGUGCGCGCAAGUACUUAGACCUAGGGAAAACGCGGCAGCGCCAACGGCGAGUCCAAUGCAAUAUUCCACCCACCAAUUUAAUUGCCAGGAAAACGGAAUCAAUCAAGAACCCUCACACACACACACGCUAGCAGGAGACAACAAACACAGACGCAAGUUGUAGGAGCAGCAGCAGCAGCGAAGAAGAAGCAGAAGAGCGACAGCUCCCCGAGGCGCUGAAGGUCACUCAACAAAAGGCAGUAGCAGGAGGAGGAGACGGACCACACAUACAGCCCCUAAAUGGCCGAUGGAAAUGGGCUGCCAGCGGGUGCAGCAGCUUCCGGCGGCAUGGAGGCCGGCGGACAAACAGUGAAUGGAGCCACGACGUCUUCCAGCCCCAAUCCCACCUCAAAUGGCGGUUCGGGAUCGGGUUCGGUGUCGGGGGCCAGUGGGAGUGCCAAUCAAGGAUACUAUCAAUUAAGCGUGACAAUCGAGGAGGCUUCUCUGCGCAACAAUGGCUUCCUGAAGCCGAAUCCCUACGUGGAGCUCUUGAUCGACAACAAGAGCAAGCGAAAGACGGACCUGGUUAAGAACAGCUAUCUGCCCAAGUGGAACGAGGAGUUUACAGUGCUGAUCACGCCCAACUCCACGCUGCACUUCAAGGUGCUGGAUCACUCCAGUUUCCGCAAAGAUGCCAUGCUGGGCGAACGUAGCAUUAACCUGGCGCACAUCCUGCAGCACUACAAUGGGCGCUGCGAGUUCCUCGAGCUGACCAUUGACCUGUUCGUCACCAGCAAGUCGGACAACCGGCAGACAAAGAGCGGCGAGCUGGUGGCCAUCCUCAAUGGCCUCAAACUGGACAUGAGCAAGCUGCAGAUCCAGGGAGCGGCGGUCCAACAGAAUGGCAAUACACCCGUCCAAGCGGUUAAUCCGGCAAUGGUCAGCGAUGCGGCCGCCGGCCGUAGCUGCAUGAUUUACGGCGGAGUGCGUGCACGGAUGCGACUGCAUUCGAGCAGCGGCAAUAUCAAUGGCGGAGAGAACCGCUCACCCUUGGCCAAUGGUGGUACGGUUCCCAGAAGAUCUGCGCCAGAUCCACCUGUGUGGGAACAGCAGCAGCAAUCGCAGGCUCAGCCGCAGCCCCUGAGAAUGGUCAAUGGGAGUGCAGCGGCGGCGGCGGUGCCACAGACAGCAUCGUAUCCCCAACAGCCGCCAGCUCCUGCACUUGCACGACCCCUGACGCAAGUCUACGGAGCGCUACCGGAGAACACUACGCCGGCUGCGGUUUAUUUGCCAGCUGGAGGACCGGCUGUGGCAGGUGCCGCAGUUGUGGGAGGUCCCAUGGAGCAGACCGUGGGGGGACUGCCGGUGAGCCAAAGCACGGAUCCGCAACUGCAGCCACAGCCGGCGGAUGAUGAGCCAUUGCCCGCUGGCUGGGAAAUUCGCCUGGAUCAGUAUGGCCGGCGGUACUACGUGGAUCACAACACCCGUUCCACCUACUGGGAGAAGCCGACACCGCUGCCCCCUGGCUGGGAGAUAAGGAAGGAUGGACGGGGCCGUGUCUACUAUGUCGAUCACAACACCAGGAAGACCACCUGGCAGCGGCCGAACAGCGAGCGUCUGAUGCACUUCCAGCACUGGCAGGGACAGAGGGCCCAUGUGGUGUCUCAGGGCAACCAGCGGUAUCUCUAUUCCCAGCAGCAACAGCAACCAACAGCAGUGACCGCCCAGGUCACGCAGGACGACGAGGAUGCACUGGGUCCUCUGCCCGAUGGCUGGGAGAAGAAGAUCCAGUCGGACAACCGGGUGUACUUUGUGAACCACAAGAACCGCACCACCCAGUGGGAGGACCCGCGCACCCAGGGCCAGGAGGUCAGCCUAAUUAACGAAGGCCCCCUGCCGCCUGGUUGGGAAAUCCGUUACACGGCCGCCGGCGAGCGUUUCUUUGUGGACCACAAUACGCGUCGGACCACCUUCGAGGAUCCGCGACCGGGAGCACCCAAGGGAGCCAAGGGUGUCUAUGGCGUGCCGCGUGCCUAUGAGCGCAGCUUCCGCUGGAAGUUGUCGCAGUUCCGGUAUCUGUGCCAGAGCAACGCUCUGCCGUCGCACAUCAAGAUCACGGUUACGCGUCAAACGUUGUUCGAGGACUCUUACCACCAGAUCAUGCGACUGCCCGCCUACGAGCUGCGGAGGCGUCUAUAUAUCAUCUUCCGCGGCGAAGAGGGCCUGGACUACGGCGGUGUGUCGCGUGAGUGGUUCUUCCUGCUCUCGCACGAGGUCCUGAAUCCCAUGUACUGCCUGUUCGAGUACGCAAACAAGAACAACUACAGCCUGCAGAUAAACCCCGCCUCCUACGUGAAUCCCGACCACUUGCAGUACUUCAAGUUCAUCGGACGCUUCAUCGCGAUGGCCCUGUACCACGGCAGGUUCAUCUACAGCGGAUUCACCAUGCCCUUCUACAAGCGCAUGCUGAACAAGAAGCUGACCAUCAAGGACAUCGAGACGAUCGAUCCGGAGUUCUACAACUCACUCAUUUGGGUGAAGGACAACAAUAUCGACGAGUGCGGGUUGGAGCUGUGGUUCAGCGUCGACUUUGAGGUGCUCGGCCAGAUCAUCCACCACGAGCUGAAGGAGAACGGCGAGAAGGAGCGCGUGACGGAGGAGAACAAGGAGGAGUACAUCACCCUGAUGACCGAGUGGCGAAUGACGCGUGGCAUUGAGCAACAAACCAAGACGUUCCUGGAGGGCUUCAACGAGGUGGUGCCCCUGGAGUGGCUCAAGUACUUUGAUGAGCGCGAGCUGGAGCUGAUUCUGUGCGGCAUGCAGGACGUGGACGUGGAGGACUGGCAGCGCAACACUAUCUACAGGCACUACAAUCGCAACUCUAAGCAGGUCGUCUGGUUCUGGCAGUUUGUGCGCGAAACGGACAACGAGAAGCGGGCCCGCCUGCUUCAGUUUGUCACAGGAACGUGUCGCGUCCCGGUCGGUGGAUUCGCCGAGCUGAUGGGCUCCAACGGGCCGCAACGCUUCUGCAUCGAGAAGGUGGGCAAAGAGACGUGGCUGCCGCGCUCCCACACCUGCUUCAAUCGGCUGGACCUGCCGCCGUACAAGAGCUACGAUCAGCUGGUGGAGAAGCUGACCUUUGCCAUCGAGGAGACUGAGGGCUUCUGCCAGGAAUGAGUGGCAGUCGAUUUGUGGUCGGUUUGUUGAUUAAUGUUUAAUUCCAGUUGAGCGCCUGCGUUACCGUCCCGCGUACCCUUACCCCAUUUUCCAUUUUCCCCCUAUUCGUCGACCAUAUGUUGCGUUAAAUAGUUACUGUUAUUAUUAUUAUUAUAAAAUACGUAUAUAAAUUACUUACUACGUGUAUACAGUACACACACACCUAUGUAUAUCUGUCUGUAUUCCUAUGUUCGCUAAAACCACCUAAACUGUGUGUACGUACAACUAGGCCUUGAUUAAGUUUAGUGCCGUCAUAUCAAACGUAGUGUGUUACAAAUUUGUAUUUUAAUUGCUCUUUUUGUAUUCGUCUCCGUGAUUUGUCAGUUGUAACUUUAUGUCUCCAAAAAUUCCCCGAAAAAUAUCAUAAGCCUUGUCGGUAUGGCGAUUUAUUCAAGGAAUAGUUGCGUAUACAAACCCUCCGUUUUGGCUCGCUCACCGCAAUCGCAACCAAAUGUUAAGUUUUGCCAUAAGAUUGCACUCUGAUUGCUUCUAGUUCAAUUGUACAACGAGCUCUGGGCUUGCAGUGUUUUUAAACCACUUUAUUGGUGAAUUUAUAUUUAUAUUUAUACGCCUAUGCUCCCAUGUAAAUAGUUUACUCGACCGAAUUCAAAUUGUUAACGAACUGGGCUUGGUUUACUAGCAAACUGUUUUAAAUUGUUCAAUUGUUUGUCUCGUGUACACAACAACUUUAAAUGGAAACUAUAUAUUUUAACUAACACACACAAAUACGCGCAGGCAAUAUCCUGUGGGAACUUGAAACACCGCAAAACAAACAAAAAAAAAAUAUAUGAUGUUAGGUUUUAAACAGGCAAAACAAAAGGAUACACUUGAAUCAAUAAUACAUUCAAAUAGCAAUAAUUGUUGUUAACAAAUCGAAGAGGUGGCAGCGAUGCAUCAGAUACCACAUAUGCUAUAUGCUAUAUAUGUAUGCAGCCUAAGACAAAUCGGAGGACAGGGAGAGCGGCGUAUAUGGGGUUGAUGAUUGUGUACGAUUACAUAUUAAAUAUAUAUUAUAUAUUAAAUAGAUUUUAUUUAGUUUAAUGCAAUGUGUACUGUAUUAUAUGAAAUAAAUGCAAAAUUAUUUAGUGAUA